UCAGAAACGGCAAACAAGGCUGUCGGGAGAGGCAUUCAGGAGAGUAACACGCCGGACACGCACACGCAGGCAGACACGCGCGAACACUCGGCUCCCCACUCGCGCACUCGCACACACGCACGGGCACAGGCACACGCGGUCCGGGCGCUACGAGCGCGGAGGAUGUGCAGGCAUAGAGGAAGCCGCGGCGCCGCCGAGGAGGAGGAGGAGGAAAAGGAGGAGGAGGUGGAGGAGGAGGAGGGGAAGGAAGAGGAGGAGGAGGAGGUCGCCGCUCGCCGCUCGCCGCCGCCGGGGCUCGGCCGCCGCCGCUCCCGCGGAGGCUGCUGUCGCUGUCGCCGCCGCUGCCGCCGCUGUCGCCGGUGUGGGCUCUCGGGGAGGCGGGAGGUCGAGAGAGGAGCCGCUCGCCGGCGAUCAGAAUCUGAAACAGGGAUUUGUCUCCCGCUUCGGGGUUGCAAAAGCCACUCCAUGUGGCUUUUUUAAUGAUGGAGAGGGAAACGCUCGCUCUGCGCGGAGGAGCAGGCGUCCGUGUAUGCGCACCCUUGUGCACACACGCACUGGAGUCCACACAAAUAGAAAACUGCACUGAAGAGAAAACCCUCUCCCUUUCAAUUUCUGUCCCUCUCACAAGCCCGCCUUAUCUGCAGCUUCCCUUUUGUCAGCGGUCUGAAAUUUGGGUUCGAAAGACUGCGUGUGACAAAGAGGAAACUGACUGUAAAAGCUGAAUACCUCCCCCCCGCAACAAAAAUCCCAUCAAAACCAACACCCCAGGCCCCUCUGCUCGACACCAUACCCUUAUCUCAGCUCUCAAUAAAGUUUAUAAUCAGAUUAGAAGCUGGAUGGAAAACCUGCAGAAGGAAAGGAAAUAAAAAGGUGACAGAAGUUUUAUUGUUAUUAUUUAUUUUUGUAAAGUGAUGUUGUUUUAAUUAAAAGUAAAGAAAAAAAAAAAAAA